AUGUUCCAAUUCGGUCCAUCAGACGAAGGCGACCCGCCUGGCACCUCCACGGAUGGCCCAAUUCUCCGUGCAGACAGCUACCAGUACCAACUGCAGUCGAUGUGGCAGAAGUGCUGGAACACCAACCAGAGCCUGGUGCACAACCUGCGCUUCCGCGAGCGCGGCCCGCUGAAGUCCUGGCGGCCGGAGACCAUGGCCGAGGCGAUCUUCUCCGUGCUGAAGGAGGGCCUGUCGCUGUCCCAGGCGGCAAGGAAGUACGACAUCCCGUACCCGACGUUCGUGCUGUACGCCAACCGGGUCCACAACAUGCUCGGCCCCAGCGCCGACGGGGGAGCAGAUCUGAGGCCCAAAGGGCGCGGGCGUCCGCAGCGCAUCCUGCUUGGCGUGUGGCCCGACGAGCACAUCCGAGGCGUGAUCCGCGCCGUCGUAUUCCGCGACACACACGCGCCGCACUCCGCUCACCACAUCAAGGACGAGGUCCUCCCUUACCCAUCCAUCACGGACGGGAUGGCUGUCCCGAACGCAUACGCCGCCGUGGGUUGUGGCAAUGGGCGCGAAGGGGGCGUUUCACCGAACGCCGCCGCCGCAGCGGCCGUGGCAGCUGUGGCGCACGGCCUCCGCCGCCAGAUGUGCAACAUGGUGGUAGCCGCACAGAGGCCGCCCGAUCAUCCUCCGCACCUCAGCCUGCCGCCGCUGCCGCUGCAGUCGCCGCGUCUGCCAUCCCCGCUGUCAGCUGGUCUGGAGUCCCCGCUCUGCUCUCCGCCACCACCGGGACACGCCCUUGAGCCGCCGAAACCGACCGACCCGUUCCGACCUUUCGCUUCUCCACGCCCGGACAGCCGCUACAGCGAGCGCGACUCGGUUACCGACCUCACUGAGAUGGGCCCACCCAAGACACCGGUGGGGAUCGCUAAAAAUGGCAAGGACAUGACCACUCCGCUGCCGGUGAAGAUGGAGCUGCCUCCCGCCGAGGCCCGCGCUGAGAACAUC